AUGGCACGGCCUUCAGUCACGCUUCCCCAGGGCAAAGUUGUCGGAAUCCGACUCGAAUACAAAUUCCCACAGCCUGUCGACGCCUUUUUAGGUAUUCCCUAUGCUCGCCCUCCUGUUGGCGACUUGCGCUUCAGACCUGCUGAAAGGUUCCCCAAUUCAACUGAAAUUAUUGACGCUUCCAAUUAUGGUCCCGCCGCUCCAGGAAAAGCCCUGUUACCAGGAGGCCCGGCGCUCAGGCAAAGCGAAGACUGCCUAAGCGUGAACAUUUUCCGGCCGUCGAAGUCAAACUUGGCUGAGAAACUUCCAGUGGCUAUUUAUGUACAUGGGGGCGCAUACAACCGGGGUUCAGCAGCGAUGCAUAAAACUGCGUCAAUGGUAGCUUGGUCAGAGGAGCCGUUUAUCGCAGUCACUUUCGGCUACCGUCUGGGGGCGUUGGGAUUUCUGCCGUCUAGUGUUUCGAAGAAGGAGGGACUGCUAAAUCUCGGGUUGCGCGAUCAGUCAUUCCUGUUUCAAUGGGUGCAGGAAAAUAUUGCUCUGUUUGGAGGAGAUCCUGGGACAGUCACUCUGUUUGGUCUUUCUGCUGGUGCCCAUUCGAUUGGACAUCAUCUGCUCAACUAUGAUGGCCACAAAACUCCGCUCUUUCACCGUGUCAUCCUCGAAUCUGGUUCGCCGACAUCGCGCGCCGUCCGUCCGUACAAUGCCGAAAUCCAUGAACAGCAAUUCCGCGAUUUCCUCCAAGAAGUCGGAUGCCCUUCGACCCUGGCCGAAUCUGAAAUCUUCCCCUUUCUGCGCUCUCUACCGAGUUCUGUGAUUACCAAUGCUCAAAUAGCCGUCUUUGAUAAGUACAACCCCUCCCUGCGCUGGGCGUUCCAGCCUGUCAUCGACGACGAUGUCAUCCCUCGAAAACCGUUAGAUGCAUGGACUGCCGGUCUGUGGCACAGAGUACCCAUCAUGACGGGUUUCAACUCCAACGAGGGAACCAUGUAUGUAGACAAGUCAAUGUCGGAUUCUGCGCAGUUCCGCAAAUUCUGGCAGGAGCUACUGCCGCAACUGACGAAGGAGGACCUGGACACAAUUGACCGUCUCUACCCAGACCCCAGCACCGACCCAACGUCUCCCUACGUCGAAACUAGAACAGGGUUGGACCUAGGACCGCAAUACAAACGCAUUGAGGCAGCGUACGGGCAUUACGCCUAUGUUGCGCCCGCACGGCAGACAGCACACUUUGCCGCCUCUAUCCCCGGGGCUCCAUCGGUAUACCUUUACCAUUGGGCCCUCCCGCGCACAAUAAUCGGCCGCGCUAAUCAUGGCGACAACAUGUACUACGAAACAUACAACGACGAAAUCACGGGUCUUUCCGAAUCACAGAAGGAGCUUUCAGGGACCUUGCAUGCGUACAUUACCAGCUUCAUCACACACGGAGAUCCAAAUUCCAUCAAAGGACGGUAUGGAACACGGCCUGAGUGGAAGCCGUAUAAGCCAUCCUCUCCGGGAAUUUUGGUGUUUGGCGAGAACAAUGAGGAGCUUAUUGGUGGGAGUGUUGCACCUCCUGCAAAGUUUGUGAGUGAUAACUGGGCGAGGGAGGAGACGGAGUUCUGGUGGAGCAAGGUACCAAUAUCGCAGCUUGCAUGA